AUGGCCGACUCCGCGCCCUCGCCAAAGGCCAUUCUCCGCGGCCACAAGGCUCAAGUCCACUCGGCAACGUUCAUCAGAGGCAACAGCCGCCUAGUCACCGGCGAUGCGGAGGGCUACGUCGUCGUGUGGGACCUCACCAUCAUGAGGCCGAGGGCCGUCUGGCGGGCGCAUGAGAGUGCAAUUCUCGGAGUCCAAGGUUGGGGCAAUGACAAGAUCAUAUCUCAUGGCCGCGACCACAAGCUCAUCGUCUGGAAACUCAGCCUCGAUGACGAGGAGAAUCUCAGCAAGACCCUGCCCGUCGAGGACGUGCCGACGCCGCGGACCCAACCCUGGAUUCUUCACCUGCUUGAAGUCAACACGAUGAACUUUUGUUCCUUUGCGGCCAGUUCAAGUAGCCCAGGUCAUAUGGAUGACUCGUCCGAAAUCCUCAUCGCCGUGCCCAACACCCUCGCGUCUGAAGCCAUCGAUAUUUACUCUUUGCCCUCUCAAACUCGAAUCCACACCAUCAGGCCGGGAGAGAAAAAUGGAAUGGCCAUGUGCCUCUCCCUCUUCCAUCUGCAGGACGCCGUGACCCUCGUCGCCGCCUUCGAAAACGGAUAUGCGUCGGUUCACCGUCUCAACGCAGACGGGGAAUGGAUCACAACAUAUCGCUCUCAAGCUCACUCACAGCCAAUUUUAUCACUGGACGUCGAUCCGGGACGCGCGUUCUUCCUUUCGUCCUCGGCGGAUUCCCUCAUCGCCAAGCAUCCCAUCCCGACUAGCCGCCAAGAAACCAUCACUAUCCCACAAAGCAACGCAAGAGUGGUUGAGAUAAUUGACGAAGAGCCAACCCAGCCUCAGUCCCUUUUAUCUUCCGGGUUGAAGCAAGCAUCCUCGCACAGCGGCCAAGCUGCGCCUCGGGUGUUGAAGGAGUGGGAAAACCCUCUCAAGGUCGUCAACACAAAACACUCGGGCCAACAGAGUCUCAAGAUGCGAUCCGACGGCCGGAUAUUUGCCACCGCUGGUUGGGACUCCAAGGUGAGAGUGUACUCUGCCAAAACCAUGAAGGAGUUGGCAGUCCUCAAGUGGCAUCAGGUGGGAUGUUACGCCGUUGCCUUCUCGGAUCCCACUGCAUCGAACGAUCUCUCCAGCCCCGCGUCAUCUACAAUUCAAGAUGCUUCGCGUUCAAAACUCCCACAGCAACCUACAUCCUCGGAUACAUCGGGAAUGGGCAUUUCUCUCCGAAGCGCCGGGACACUGGUCAAAAGCACCACAAGCGUCAAGGAUCGGCGCAUCGCCCAAGCAAAGACAACGCACUGGGUCGCGGCAGGCGCCAAGGAUGGCAAGGUCAGCUUAUGGGACAUAUAUUGA